CCUCUAGCGAGGUGCAACUCCUCCCACUUUUUUGAGGAAACAGGAGGGAGCAAGAAGCUCCUACUGAGAUUAAAUUAAAACAAACAAAGUACAGAUCCUUAAGCUGAAAACAAGCUCUGGAAAUUGAUUUCAUUUGUGAAAGUCACGUGUGUUUUGCUUCAAGCAUGUUAAGGAAGAAACACUCUCUUUGUCACUCUGAGGCUCUGACACGUUGAAGCAUACUACCAAUUAAGCGAGAACCAUCUCCUAUUCUGGUAACCAUCCACUUCAUUUUACCAUUUCAAAAUAAAGUUUGGAAUCUUGCUUUGCAUGUUUAGAACUUUAUUAGUUUUCCAGCAGCAAGCUCGAUCUGAAAAUUGAUCUGAUUUGUGAAAUUUGGGUAUGCCAACCACAUGCACACACGCCUGUGACUGAGAGCACUCAAGGAAGUCCACACAACUAACAUGGCAGAGGCUGUUGUGGGUGUGUUGAUCGCCAAGCUCGGUGCUGCCUUGGCCAACCAGGCAACAGCCUAUGGUGCAUCCCUGCUGCUUUGCAAUGAAACUUCUGCUCUCAAGGCUCUCUUUGGCGAGAUCCACAAAUCCAAGGAGGAGCUGGAGAGCAUGAAAGCCUACUUGCAUGAGUCAGAGAGGUUCAAGGAUACCGACGAGAUCACCGGCAUCUUCAUCAACAAGAUCCGGGAACUAUCUUUCAAGAUUGAGGAUGUUGUCGAUGAGUUCAUGUACAAGCUUGAGGACGACAACCAUGGAGGAUUUGCAGCCAAGAUGACGAAGAGGAUCAAGCAUCUCAAGGUUUGGCACCGUCUAGCUCACAAGCUCUAUGAUAUCAAUGCCCAGCUUAAAGACGCUGCGGAAAGGAGGGCCCGUUAUGUCAUCCCAGGAAUGCAGGGAAACGCUGGGAGCAGUGACAAUCAUGGCAGAUCCACCAAUCAAAAUUUAUGUUUUGCAAGAGAAGAGGAUGUAGUUGGUAUUGAAGAUAAGGCAACCAAGCUCAAACAUUGGCUAGUAGGUGAUCUGGAAGAAAAGAACUACAAAAUAGCCACAGUGUGGGGAAUGGGUGGUGUAGGUAAAACUACUUUGGUUGACCAUGUCUACAAGACUGUGAAACUGGAAUUUGAUGCUGCAGCCUGGGUAACAGUGUCAAAGAGUUACCAAGUUGAAGACUUGCUAAAGAGGAUUGCAAGAGAGUUUGGGAUUGUAACUGAUGUUACUAAUAUGGAAAUUAGAAACUUAGUUGAGAUCAUCCGGAAACAUCUUGAAGGUAAAAGGUUUAUCUUGGUUCUUGAUGAUGUUUGGGAAAAGGAUGUAUGGAUUAAUAAUAUCAUGGAAGUCUUUCCAACUAAUUGCACCAGCCGAUUUGUUUUCACAUCAAGAAAGUUUGAAGUUGCAUCAUUGGCAACUGGUAAUUGCGCUAUUAAACUGGAACCUCUAGGAGAAAAACACUCUUGGAAGUUAUUCUGCAAAGCAGCUUUCCGGAAUAGUGAUGACAAAUGGUGCCCAUCAGAGUUACAUGAUUUGGCUACAAAGUUCUUACAAAAGUGUGAAGGUUUGCCUAUUGCCAUUGCAUGCAUAGGACGUUUAUUGUCUUCCAAAGACCUAACAUACGCAGCAUGGGACAGUGUGUACAGGGAGUUAGAAUUUCAGCCAACUAAUAAUGUGAUCCGUGGUGUUGAUAUUAUUCUAAAAGUCAGUUUGGAGGACCUUCCAUAUGAACUGAAGAAUUGUUUCUUAUAUUGUGCAAUAUUUCCAGAGGAUCAAGAAUUGACAAGGCGAACCUUAAUGAGGCACUGGAUUACUUCUGGAUUCAUCAAGGAAAAAGAUAACAGAACACUAGAACAAGUGGCAGAGGAGUACUUGAAUGAUCUAGUAAACCGAAGCCUACUACAAGUUGUGAUUAAAAAUGCGUCUGGACGGGUGAAACGUUGCCGAAUGCAUGAUGUUAUCCGCCAUCUUGCCAUUGAAAAGGCAGCAAAAGAAUGCUUUGGUAUUAUUUAUGAGGGCUAUGGGAACUUUUCGGUACAUGGAACACGCAGACUGUCAAUACAGAGGACCAACAAUGUACCACUGAAUCAAUACAGUGCAACAUAUCUCCGUGCAAUAUAUGGUUUCACGAGUUCUGUUAAUAUUGAUUUGGUGAGGCCUAUCCUUGCAUCCUCAAUAUUGUUGUCCACGUUGGAUCUACAAGGGACUAGAAUCAAAAUGCUGCCUAAUGAUGUCUUCAAAUUGUUUAAUCUGCGUUUCUUGGGUCUUCGCGACACUAGAAUUGAGAUUCUACCAGAGGACAUUGGAAGAUUGCAGAACCUAGAAGUACUGGAUGCAGCGCAUACAUGUCUGCUAUAUUUACCAAAGGGUGUCGCAAAACUAAUCAAGCUUAGGCACCUAUAUGCGACUGUAAAGAUCACUGAACGAUGUUUAUUCUUCGGUUAUGCUGGAGUUAAGAUGCCAAAGGGCAUUAGGAACUUGACUGGACUGCAUGUUCUGCAAACUGUUAAAGCUACCCCAGAGAUUCUCUGUGAUGUUGCAGCUUUGACGGAGCUACGAAAAUUUGCAGUUGACAAUGUAACAAGUGAGCACUCAGUAGACUUGCGUAAUGCUGUUCUGAACAUGAGCAAUCUUGUCUCUUUGAUAAUUCAUAUGUCAAAUGAAAAUGAAGUGUUGCCAUUGGAAGGACUCCAUUUACCAGAAACUCUUUCGAAGCUUUCAUUGGAUGGGAAGCUGGAAAAGAAACAGAUGCCUCAAAUUCUAUCAUCCUGGUUGCAUCUUAACAACCUUACUAAAAUGUCUCUUAAAUCCUCCAAACUUGAUGAGAACUCAUUUAGAACCCUCAUGGUGUUGUGUAAUUUACGCAAACUUGCCCUUUUCAAGGCUUAUGAUGGAAACAAAUUAUGUUUCUGUGCACAAACGUUUCCUAGACUGACAGAACUACAUAUAAUGGGUGCUCCGCAGCUCAACCAAGUUAAAAUAGAAGAAGAUGCACUGGGAAACCUUGUUGAACUAUCAUUUUCAGUGUGCCCAGAAUUGAAGUGCCUCCCUCAUGGCAUUGAGUACCUUGAGGCCCUUGAUGAAUUGUAUUUGGAAGAUGUUGCAGAUGAGCUUAUAGAGAUAUUUAGGCAGGAAGGUGAGGCAAAUGAAUGCAAGGAGGAAUUAUUGAAGAUUACCAACAUUAGGGAGGUUAUUGUUACAUCAACUGAUAAAGACUUUUGGCGAAGAAUUGUAUCCAGAAAAGGGAAUGAAUUGGCUAACUGAAGGCCUUAGGAUCCUGGCUGUUAUUUCGGGAGUUCACAUACAAGGUUGCUGCUGCAUUUGUUGGUCUGCUUUGGACCUUUGGUGGGUUAGUUCACUGGUUAAUGAACAAGUAUAAAGCUAGCGAUCGAGGAAGCAGAGGAAAUUCAUCCAUCAGCAAGGGAAGUGCCUGAUUUCUGCUUGGGUGCAGAUUGCAGAAUAGAGUAUCAAUACGAAUUUACUAAGUUAGUUUGUGAGUUAAGUGCAAACACUGUUGCGAUUUUAAUUGCUCCCUCAUGUCUUUUGUGCCUGGAGUAGAUCUAAGCAUAAAAACUUGUUCCAAGUGCACUGUCAUGCGAUUUAUUGGCUUGAUGUCAUUCAUGA